GCUGUCCUGUGCACGGCCUAGAAAUGCGCGCACCCGCUGCUUACACGUUCCUGCCAGCAGGGUGCGUUCCCGAGAGGUGGAAAAGGGGGCUGAAGGAAGGAGAGGCUGAGAGAACACAGCUGUCACUGGUAAAAUAAAUAUUCCUGUAUCUCCUUUACUCGGGACGGAGAAACGCAGAUCGGUUGCCGGGGCAACGAUUCUGUGCGUUGAGCAAGGUAGGGGAAUGAAGUCAUUGUUACGCUAGUCGUCGUCAUGGUUACAACCAGGAGGUGGCGCUGCGGCGGAGCAGCCCGUGCGAGGUGACGCAGAGCGGGGGCGUGCCCGCGCUGCGCGUUCCGCGGGACUGCUUGUUGUUCCCGCAGAGAGGCGAGAAGAUGGCGGCCGUGUCGAGCGGCGGUGCAGCCGGACCAGUAACGGCUGGGAUUACCCACUCUUCCAGACCCGCCUCCACAGGCAUGGGCGCCCAGAACCGAGCCCAGCCCCCCGCCGGGAUCACCCACCCCAAUCGCGCUGCCCAAGCCGCCGGCUGCAUCACCAAUCCUGGCCACCUCCCGGGCGGCAGGCCCCCUCCAGCCAGAGUGGGGCCCUACGAAAUCGAGAGGACCAUCGGAAAAGGCAACUUCGCGGUGGUCAAGCUGGCCACGCACAUCAUCACCAGGGCCAAGGUGGCCAUUAAGAUAGUGGAUAAGACUCAGCUCGAUGAUGAGAAUCUGAAGAAGAUAUUCAGGGAGGUGCAGAUUAUGAAGAUGCUGAGACACCCCCACAUCAUCCGUCUCUACCAGGUGAUGGAGACGGAGCGGAUGAUCUAUCUAGUGACAGAGUACGCCAGUGGGGGGGAAAUAUUCGAUCACCUAGUUGCUCAUGGACGAAUGGCGGAGAAGGACGCUCGGCGGAAGUUUAAGCAGAUUGUCGCGGCCGUCCACUUCUGUCACUGCCGCAACAUUGUCCACCGAGACCUCAAGGCCGAAAACCUCCUGCUGGACCACAACCUCAACAUCAAGAUUGCAGACUUCGGCUUCAGCAACAUCUACUCACGGGGUCAGCUGCUGAAAACAUGGUGCGGCAGCCCCCCCUACGCAGCCCCUGAGCUCUUCGAAGGGAAGGAGUACGACGGGCCCAAGGUGGACAUCUGGAGUCUGGGGGUUGUGUUGUACGUCCUGGUGUGUGGCGCCCUGCCCUUCGACGGCAGCACCCUGCAGAAUCUCCGGGCCCGCGUGCUCAGUGGCAAGUUCAGGAUUCCCUUCUUCAUGUCCACAGACUGCGAAUACCUGAUCAGACACAUGCUCGUUCUGGAACCCAGCAAGCGUCUCUCCAUGGAGCAGAUCUGCAAGAACAAGUGGAUGAAGCAGGGAGAUCCAGACCCAGAGUUUGACAGGUUGAUAGCUGAAUGCGAGCAGGUGAAAUCGGAGCAGCAGACAGAGCCCAUUAAUGAGCAGGUGCUUUUGGCCAUGGUGGAGAUGGGCCUGGACCGUGAGCGCACACUACAGUCUCUGCACACAGAUGCUUAUGAUCACUACAGCGCCAUCUACAGUCUACUGUGUGAACGGCUGAAGAGACACAAGACCCUGCGCAUUGCUCCCCCUACCCACAGAGCCAUGACCUACCCUGGUAUCAACACAGUACAGGCGGAUCAGCCCGGCAAUCCAGUCAGUAUCACUGUCCCUCAUGUCCAGCUCAUCAACCCUGACAACCAAAUCGUGGAGACGGAUGGGGCGAUGGCUCUGGACAGCGAUGAGGGAGAGGAGCCCUCUCCAGAGGCCAUGGCGCGGUACCUGUCCAUGAGAAGGCACACUGUGGGCGUGCCAGACCCCAGGACGGAAAUGCAGGAGGAGCUGCAGAAACUGGCCCCUGGGUUCCCUCGCGUGGCUCCACAGCCCCCCUUCCUCCCACUGGCCCCCAAUGUCAGUGUCAUGCAGAAUCUGAUGCCAAUGCAGAUUCUGCAGCCCGCCACACAGCAGCUGGAGUAUAAGGAGCAGUCCCUACUCCAGCCUCCCACUCUCCAGCUCCUCAAUGGAAUGGGGCCCCUGGGCCGCAGGGCUUCAGAUGGUGGUGCCAACAUCCAGCUGCAUGCCCAGCAGCUGCUGAAGAAACCUCGUGGCCAGUCUCCCCUGGUCACCAGCCCGCAUCCUAUCCCAGCCGUUACCCCUGUGGAUGAAGAGGGCUCUGAUGGAGAGCCUGACCCUGAGGCAGUCCAGAGGUAUCUGGCCACCACCUCGAAAAGGCACACUAUGCACGCCAUGACCAACUCCCCUGCCGAGGCACCCCCCGAUCAGCAGCGGCAGCAGAGUUCUCGCCCUCGAGUGUGGGCACAGCAUCUGCCACUGGAGCAGCACUGUCGGUCGAGCUAUAAGGAUUGUAACACUCUCCACUUGCCCACGGAGAGAUUCUCUCCUGUCAGGCGCUUCUCUGAUGGAGCUACAACUAUCCAGGCCUUUAAAGCACACCUGGAGAACAGCAGCAUCAUUAAACAGCUCAAACAGGAGUGUGAGCAGUUACAGAAGAUGUAUGCAGCCCCUCAAGAUGAGCGGCUCCUGGAGCACACACAACAGCAGCACAUUCUCUACCAGCAAGAGCAGCAGAUUCUACACCAGCAAUUACAGGAGUGUAUCCGCUCCCCUCAGCCCUCACCCCCCCUGCAGGCACUGUCACUGGGACAGCACGGAGAAGCCCAGCCCAGCCUGCUCACUCACCAGCUACAGAGGUUGCGGAUCCAGCCCUCCAGCCCCCCUCCUACACACCCCAGCAACCACCUUUUCAGGCAGCCCAACCAGAGCCCUCCUCCCGGAAGCACAGCCAUGAUGCAGGGGCAUGGUGGUCCCUCCUCAGUGCAAUACCAGCAUGGUGCAGCUCUGUACCAGCCACCAAGUGGUAGCCCUCCUCCACCCGGACUAUCCCGCGUUGGACUCUCCCAGCAGCAGCCUGGCCUUCCCCGGAGCGUAGGCAUGACCCAAGGCCUGCCUCCACAGCAGGUGACCAUUCAGGUGCAGGAGGCGGAGCUGGGGAGUGGAGCACAGCGGCAGAGCUUCCUGUCUACACCGUGUGGCCAUCGAGUGUUGGGGAAACAGCUGAGCGCCGACAGUGCGGAGACACACAGUCGCAGUCUGGGCCGGUUCUCGUGCUCCACAGGCUAUGACCCAGCUCAGUGGCACCCCCACCUGUUUGGGGAGGGGGGUGGCCGGGGGGUGGCUGCGGCGGCAGGAGGAUAUGGGCCCUACUUGCAGGGCGCGUCUCUGAAAGUGCCAGGGCUGGAGGCCUACCAGGCAGUCGCAGCAGCAGGGGGCUCGGCAGCUGGGGGGGGGUAUGGGAGCCCCUCGGCUCUGCAGCAGGCCCUACUGUCGCCCACCCCCCCAGAAUACCGUCCUUCACAGCACGUAACGCCAACCUUGCAGGGCCUGCUGUCUCCCCGACACUCGCUCAGUGGCCACGCUGACCCCCGGCUGCCCCCCCAGGACCUGGCGGCAUUGCUAAAGAGACAGAGCCCUCGACCGGCACCCCCUCCUGCACCCCCCUCUGCCCCUCAAGACUACAGCGACAUGCUGCUGCUGCGCCACCUUGGCCAGGGAGACUCCAUGGAGCCCCCAGGCCCCCCUGGUCCCGGGCCCCAGCCCCAUUACUCCCACCUGCUCCAGAUCCGGCCCCCGGAUCGCAGCCCCCCCACAUUGCCACAUUCCGAAAGCAUGGAGGAGGACGAGCCGCCGCCUGCAGCCUACCCCGAUGGGCUCCUCGUCAAGGCUGGCGUUUGUGGGGACCCCGAUGGCCUGCUGGGGACCCCCAUGCCCUCCACAGCUCCCUACAGCACACCUGCACACAGACAUGGCUACCUGCGCACAAGCUCCACAGCCAGAGAUUCUUCUGCUGGAGAGCAUGUUGACCGCAGGACCCCAGGGCAGGCCAUGGAGGUGCCUGACCACAAUGGUGUUACCUACCCUUCCCGUGGGACUCAGAAUGAGGGCUAUCGGCCACGUGGAUCUCUGCAGCGGCACCACACCAUCCAGACCUGCGACGACGCCUAUGACCAGGCAGAUCCUAUGUCUGGUAUGAGCCUACUGGCUGGGAAAGCACUAAGCUCUGCUCGGAUGUCUGACGUCAUCCUCAGCCAAUCAUCUCUCACAGGAAGCCAGCAGCUGCGCAACCGGGAGGAGACAGAGUGCGAAGUGGAGGGUGGAGAUCUGAGUGAGGGCACCCAGCUUCAUAGCACCCCCUGUUACCCCUCCUCCUGUACGAGCGACAUGCUCCUCAGCUACAAACCCCCUGACCUGCAGUACAGCAUGGAGCAGGCUGGAGUCUAACUCAGGGGAUGCCCCAAUAUGUAAAGGUCCAUUUCAGCCGCCUGUGUUGAGCAGCAUCUCGCCAAAUCGCCAUCGUCUGUCUCCAGAAGGAGGCGCUGUGUCAGUCCUGCAGGCGUGGAGCCCGAAAGAAGGGGGGAGGGAGUUCCCCCAGCAUUCCGCACACCGGCCCAGCUCCCCUCGCCAUUGGCUCUCACCAUAAGCUCCUGCAUCUGAUUGGAUAGAUUUGGAUUCCGUUCCCACCCCCCCCUGCCUUCCCUCCCUGCCCAAUGUGAGCAAGCUGUUGAAUGACUCCAACCUGGACCCCCCCCCCACCAUCGCCACAGUAACACACACACCUUGCGCCACCUCGCACAGGCACGCCGCCUGCUGACAUAACUCACACACAGCCCGCUGUACUAAGCCACAUCGCGAGAGACGCUCCCUGACAGAGCACUUAGUAACAGUGGCAGAGAAACAUCCAGUACGACACUAAGACCCCCAACCACACAUAACACCGACACAGAGAAAACAUACACAGUACUGUAAUUAACUGUUUGUGUGUGUUUGUGUGGUGGCGCCACCCCCUUCAUUUCCAAAUGGACCAUUCCAGGGAGCAGGCUGUGCUCAGAGCAUGUAGAGCCUUAGGCAGUGGAGCGGCCUAUUCCACGGGGCUGGGGGGCAGGGAGGUGGUUCUCCGGGGUUUGUACUGUCACCUUGACUCGGACAGCAGAACAGUGACACCGCGAUCAAACAGGACACCCAGCUCGCAUCCAUUUUCUUUGUUUUUUUGUUUUGUUUUUUUUAAAACAUUUUUACUGCUCAUGUUCAUGUAGGAAUUAUGAUUAUU